UAUCAUACAAUCAAUGUGACAUCACUGAGCGUAGUCUUAAUUGCGUAUACAUUUUUUUAUUAGCGAGAUGCGGAAUCUUUUAGAUUUUUAUGAAUUUAUUAAGGUUCAAUCCAAUUUUUAAUAAAAUUGGUCUUGGUGAUAAAUAUUCUUGUACUUAUGUGAAUGUAGAAAACGCCGUUUUCAGCCAUAUUCGAUUUGCAUUUCUGUCAAAUGUGACUGUAUUUGCGUCAUUACCUGAAUAUUCAAUAACAAAAUAAACGCAAGUAAUACGUUAACACAUUAUAACUUUGCAUUAUCAAUCUCCUAAAUAUUGUCAGGGAAUUAAAAGCAAUGACUAAUCCAGAGGACCCCAAAACAGCUGAAAGUAUCUAUGACUUUACUGUAAAAGAUAUAAAAGGCAAUGAUGUGCCUCUUGCAAACUACAAAGGACACGUUUGCCUAAUUGUUAAUGUUGCCUCCAAGUGUGGAUUAACAAGCUCGAAUUAUGAAGCUUUGAAUGAACUUUAUGAGAAGUACGGUGAAAGUCAAGGGCUCAAGAUUCUUGCUUUUCCAUGCAAUCAGUUUGGACAUCAAGAAGCUGGAACUAAUGACGAAAUCUGCGAGUUUGUCUCCAAAAAGAACGUGAAGUUUGAUUUAUUCGACAAGAUUAAUGUGAACGGCAAUGAUGCGCAUCCACUAUGGAAAUAUCUUAAAUACAAGCAAAGUGGAUCUUUGGGCGAUUUUAUAAAAUGGAAUUUCACCAAAUUCAUUGUCGAUAAGGAGGGACACGUUGUGGAGAGGCAUGGACCAACAACAAACCCAAAAGAUAUCAAAUCAUUGGAAAAAUAUUUCUAAACCUAGCAACUUAUUUCAACCUUUUGAAGGCUGUUUUGCCAAAGACCGCUUCCAUAUUUCUAAAUAUUUGGUAGUUGUAGUUAUAAUACUUUAAAUUCCAAAGGGUUUACAUAUUGUACAUCAAAAUCCUGUACUUAUUUUUAAAGGUUCAUGUACCUACCUAUUCAUUCCAGUUAAAUAAUUAUAUUAAUCCUUGCAGCUUCCUGAUAAGUGUACGCACAAUUGUUCGUUGCUGCAGCAAAUUGUUCUUCCUGUAUUUAUAUAAUGUGUUAAAAUAAAAAUUGAGAUAAA